AUGUCUCAACGACCGAAAUCACUAGGUAUUGGACGAUCUAAUCUUAAGCUCGAUUUUCCACCGUUACCUGACGUUGAAACAUCACCACAGUUAGCUCAUUUGCGAACUCAUUCUACUGGUACGUUACGUUUUUCAAAUAAUGAGGAAUAUAGUUUUACUUGCAACGAUCUUGUUGAUAAAGGCGAAAUUGGCCGUGGAAAUUUUGGAAUGGUUAACAGAAUGCUUCAUCUAAAAUCUGGCAUGCUCUUGGCAGUUAAACGAAUUCGAUCAAGUACUGUUAAUCCAACUGAACAAAAACGACUGCUUAUUGAACUAGAAGCAAUCAUGACGAGUCAGUGUGAAAAUAUUGUUCGCUUUUACGGCGCGAUUUUUACUGAGGGUGACUGUUGGAUAUGUAUGGAACUGAUGGAUAUUUGCUUGGAAAAUCUGUACAAAUUAGUUUAUGAGAAGGGCAAAUACAUUCCUGAAGAUGUAAUCGGAUAUAUUGCUGUUUCAACACUGAAUGCCCUUAACUAUCUCAAAGAAUAUUUGCAAAUAAUUCACCGGGAUGUUAAGCCGUCUAACAUUUUGCUCGAUCGAAGUGGGCAUAUAAAAUUGUGUGACUUUGGUAUUGCGGGUCAGCUGAUUGAUUCUUUAGCGAAAACUCAAGAUGCAGGUUGCAGGCCAUAUAUGGCGCCUGAACGACUUCAGUCUAAUGAACCAUAUGAUGUCCGGUCUGAUGUUUGGUCGUUGGGGAUAACCUUAUUUGAAAUAUCAACUGGACGAUUUCCGUUUUCAACAUGGGAUUCACCUUUCCAACAGUUGCAAGAAGUAGUUAAUGGUGAACCGCCUGUUAUGGCACCUGGAAUAUAUUCUGCAUGUUUAGUUACAUUCGUCAAUCAUUGCUUAAUCAAAGGCAAAGAAGAACGGCCUAAAUAUAAAGUUUUGAUGACUAUGGAUUUCUACAAGACCUAUAGCGUACAAGAUCCGAGUAGCAUUGCUCAUGCACUUGAAGUUGUCGGAUUAUAUGUAUCAAGCAUUCUUGGUUAA